AUGUCCAACCCCAGGGAGGCAGAUCUCAUCCACAUGUUUAAGGGGAUUCCCUUUACCACCAGGUCUUCUCCAGAACUUUUAAAAUCGUUGGAUGCUAUUCAUGCUAGAGAAGAUGAUGUCCUUCUGGUUUCCUAUCCCAAAUCUGGCACUCACUGGCUUGCAGGAGUUAUAACAAAGCUUUACAACACUCAAGUUACACUAACAUCUCCCAUUGAAUUUGGAGACAUAUCCAAACUGGAGGAACUGAAUAAAGUCUCAUCAAAGAGAAUCAUCCCAACGCACUUGGACUACAACAUGUUACCUCCAAAUUUUAAGAAUAAAAAAUGCAAGAUGAUCUACAUCAGCAGAAAUCCAAAAGAUACCGCAGUUUCCAUGUAUCAUUACUACAGAGAGAAUCCAAACCUUCCCACUAUUGACACCUGGACUGCUUUCUUUGACUUGUUCUUAAAAGGAGAUGUUGUCUGUGGAUCCUGGUUUGAUCAUUUCCUAAGUUGGGAAGAACAUAAAAACGACAAAAACAUCCUGUUUUUGUUCUAUGAAGACAUGAAGAAGGAUCUCCCUAAGAUUGUAAAGGAAAUUAGUCUGUUCCUGGCUUUAAACGUCAGUGAUAAUGAUAUCCAAGACAUCUGCAAGAAGUCCUCGUUCUCAGAGAUGAAAAGCGACACAGAAAAGGAAAACAGCGAUCCCAAUCACACCGUUUGUGCACUGACAUCCAACAGGAAGCUGAUUUUCCGAAAAGGUGCUGUUGGUGAUUGGAAGAACCAUUUCACUCCAAAACAGAACCGAAGGUUUGAGGAGAUAUUUAAUGAGAAAAUGAAACUCAGCAAAAUGGCAAAAAGUCUCAUCUAUGAAUUUUGA